UCUCCGGAAGACAAUUGAGAUGUCAAAUUGGGUCUCUCUCGAUUCGUGAAAUCGAAAUUGUUUCUUGUCGACGGAUCAACCAAUCGGCAUUGUCCAAUCUCGCGAUGCUCCCCACAGAGAUCCAGAGCUUGUACGCUUUACGUCAUCAUCGAAUAAAAUGCACAAUCCAUACAUAACCUCCAGCUUGAUCGCCGAGCGAGAAUCAUAGACAACGACAACGAACUUCAUGGACUUCACCUCAGGAGCCAACAUCCCCGUCUGGACCGCGACGGAGCCUUACUCUGAUCUCCCUCGCUUCUCGAAGCUCGACACAAACACGGACACAGAUGUCGUAGUCGUCGGUGGUGGUAUCGCAGGUCUCCAAACUGCCUAUGAACUCGUUCAACGCAACGUGCGCGUGAUCCUCCUCGAAGCUCGCGAGCUUCUUUCUGGAGAAACUGGGCGCACUUCUGGUCAUCUCUCCAAUGCUCUCGACGACCACUACUACGAGCUCAUCAAUACCUUCAACCUCGCAGGUGCCAAGCUUGCCGCUGAAUCCCAUGCUUGGGCCAUUGACCGCGUCAAGACCAUCUCGACGGAGCUACGCAUCGACUGCGAAUACCGCAAAGUCAAAGCUGUCAUGCUCAAACACCCUGAGAUGGAAAACGACCUGAAAGACGAAGCCGAAGCCGCGGAGAAGUGUGGUCUCUCCGUCACUUACGAAGAAAACGGGAAGUUCGGGCGGGACUACCAUGGCCCUAUCCUCAACUUUGGCGACCAAGCCGUGUUCCAUCCCACGCACUACCUCGUCGGUCUCAUCAAGUAUCUCAAGACGAACUCGCUUUUCCAAGCUUACACCCACACCCGGUUCAUCUCCCACAAAGAACACUCCGCAACCUCCGUCACCGUCGAAACCGAAGAAGGCAACAAGAUCGCCGCGAAAGCCUUGAUCAUGGCAACCAACGUACCUCUCCAAAAGCUCGACGUAAUCGACAAAGAAGGAUUCUGGCGUACGUACUCCAUCGCAAUGACAGCGCCAAAGGGAUUGUACGACGACCUCAUCGUGUACGACAACGCUGAUCCAUACGUGUACGUCCGCAAAACAGCGCAUCCGAACCCGGAAUUGGAAUAUAUCGUCAUCGGCGGCGAAGACCAUAAAGUUGCGCAGGAAUCUCCGGAGGGUUAUGAAGAGCACUACAAGAACCUGGAGGCGUGGACAAGGGAUAUGUUCCCCUACGUCAAAAACGUCGAAUUUAAAUGGUCCGGACAAAUCGUCGAGCCGAAUGACUAUAUGGCAUUCAUCGGCCUCAAUCCCGGUGCGAAAUGCACGUACAUCGCAACGGGUGACUCUGGUAACGGCCUCACCCAUGCCGUCAUCGCCGGCCGUCUCCUCUCCGACUUGUACACUGGUCAGGAAAACCCGUGGGUUGACUUGUACUCCCCCUCCCGCAAGCCCAAGCCUAGGACCAUCACGGACGUGGUGCAGGAGAAUUUGACCCAAGCCUACUCCGGCCUCAAAAAAUGGGUUCUAACAGACGUCUCGGACAUCGAAUCCAUCCCCCGCUGCACCGGCGCAAUCAUGCACGACACAUUCUCCCACGGCGCCCAACCCCUCGCAAUCUACAAAGAAGCAGACGGCACAACGCGUACCUUUUCGGCGGUGUGUCCGCAUAUGAAGGGUGUUGUUGCGUGGAACAGCACUGAGGGGACGUGGGAUUGUGGGUUCCAUGGGAGUAGGUUUGAGGGGAAGACGGGGGUUUGUGUUGCCGGGCCUUCGAAUCAGGGGUUGAGGCCUAUUGAUGAAGGGGCGACGAGGGGACCGUUGGAGGUUGAGGUUGAGGUUGAGGUGUAGGUUAUUGAUAUUUCUCACGGGCGGUCAUCUUGGAGAUGGUCGGACUCAGCCGUUGAGUGAGUGUGUAUGAAUGAUAAGCAAGAAUAUCCAAAAGCAAAC